AUGUCGUCAUUAUUUACUAUGUCCAAAUAUUUUGCGAUCGAAGAGUUUCUUUCUGAAUUUCUUUGUUCAGAUAAUUUAAUUUUUCUGAAAUUUUUCGAACACGCUAGAGUUGGAUCGAUUUUAACACAUGAAAUCCAAGUAAACCCAAAUAAUUGCGAAGUGUACCUAAAUCUAUUAUAUAAAUUAGCAGAUAAUCCGCACGUAAGCUCAAGAUUUUUUAUUCCUUUAUAUUCACGACAGUUCGCUAUGACAUUAAUAUCGAUAGGCCGUACAUCAAAGAGCGCUAAUGUUUCAGCUCUUGCUUUCGAAUUCGUUGCCAUGAAAUUAAUCGAAAAUAAGUAUCCGAAAGAAGCUAGAGACUCAGUUCGAGGUCAACUCGUUGCAAUAUGCAGAUUUAUUACAUCCAAAUCGACUCAAAAGUUCGAUUGCUCUUUACGUUGUGCAAUAGAUUUAUUAAUUUCGAUAAUUCAUACAAAGAACAGCAUUGAGCAAGAAAUCUUUAUCGAAGAAGAAGAGGAAAUAUACGAGGAAGACAAGGAAUUCAUUAUAGAACCUAGUCCUAUUUCUAGACCAAGGCCAAACAUUCCACCUUUACCAAGAAAAUCAGUACAGAUUAUGCAAAAUUGUCCUUUAUCGCCAGAUAGAAAAGGAACUCAUUCUGGACCACUUAAUCCCAAUAUUUCCCAGACAAAUACGAGUUUUUACACAUCUAAGACGAAAACGGCUAAAACAAGCAAGAUAAACUUCAAUACUUUACCUAAAGAAGAAGCAAAUCCAGACUUUAACUCAGUUUUGUUCUCAAAAUCAUGUCCUGUUUUUUCCGGAUUAUAUACUAUUGAAGAAGACCAAGAAAUCAUUGGAUCCCCACUCGAAUCAAAUCUUCUUCCAUCAGUAACAUCAUCCGAGAAGUUCAGACGCCUCUCAGACACAGAUCCAACUGUAGAAGCUGCAAGAGCAUUAUUAAGAGCUUUCUUUAGUAAUCCGAACUGCACUUUCUUGCAUUCCGCUGUGUUCGACUUAUUAUCAGAAAUCGUUGCUUCUACAGAUUUGUUCGCUGUAAUCAUUGUUUCGUUUGAUUUCAAGAAAUUUGCCAUUGAAGCACUUUCAAAGAACCCAAUGGCCCCAUAUAUAGGUUACAUCCACGAGAUAAUUCGCCUUAUACAAGGAGAUGGCGAAUUAAUCGACAUUGCUUUCGUUAUUGAUGAUGAAUGGGAUACUAAAGAAGAAUUUUAUGUUCUUCAAAAGGAUUUACAUGAAGUUCCAGAGUUUACAGGUAUCCUACAAAUAGAAAGCCCAAGAAUAUGGUAA